GAGAAAAUAAUUUUUUAACUCACGUUAGAUCGUUUAUCUAAAUCAAUCAAGAAGAAUGUCUUCGGAGACAGAAGCAGCCAAUGCAGCUGUAUUCAUGAAAUCUGCCCCAGUCCCAGAAGGGGCAAAGCUAGUAGAAGGUCCUGAUUAUGAGGCCGAGCAGUCACUUCAGGGUCUCCUCUCUGCUUAUGAGACGAUCGGUUUUCAGGCUACAGGACUCUCGAGGGCUAUUGAAGUAAUUAACAAAAUGAAAGCCUGGAGACUCUCAGACGAGCCACGGGAGGAGGACGACGAUACACCAGAAGAGGAGAGACAAAACACCAAGGCUAAUAUCUUCUUAGGAUACACCUCGAACCUCAUUUCAUCCGGUUUGAGAGAGAUCAUGCUCUUCCUCGUCAAGCACAACUACGUCAGUGCACUUUGUACAACCGCAGGAGGCGUCGAGGAGGACUUCAUAAAGUGUCUCGGUCCUGGUACCUUUCUUCCUACUGGAGAUGGCUGGAACCUCGAUGGUGCCGAUCUCAGGAAGAAGGGCAUGAAUAGGAUCGGCAACUUGCUGGUCCCUAACGAGGCAUAUUGUAGGUUUGAAGAUUGGGUAGUUCCUAUUCUCGAUGCCAUGAGAGAAGAGCAAGACACUGAAGGUACACACUGGACACCUAGCAAGGUUAUUCAUAGACUGGGUAAAGAAAUAAAUGACGAGAGGAGCGUAUACUAUUGGGCGUACAAGAACAACAUUCCUGUCUUUUGUCCAGCCCUUACAGAUGGCUCAUUGGGAGAUAUGAUCUACUUCCACUCAUACAAGAACCCUGGAUUGAAUAUUGACCUUGUGGGUGACAUCAGACGCUUGAAUGAUCUCUCUGUGAGAUCAAAGAAGGCAGGCAUUAUUAUUCUCGGCGGUGGUGUAUGCAAGCAUCAGAUAUGUAAUGCCAUGUUGUUCCGCAACGGUGCAGAUUACGCCGUCUACGUAAACACAGGACAGGAGUUCGAUGGAUCAGAUGCAGGUGCAAGACCAGACGAAGCUAUUUCAUGGGGUAAAAUACGUGCGGGCGCAGAAUCGAUCAAGGUUAGUGCAGACGCAACGCUGGUAUUCCCAUUAUUGGUAGCAGCUACGUGGGGAAAGUCACACUGGAAUAAAAAUAAAGAUUAAUAGAAUGUAUUAUCUAAAUUAUAUAUGUAGAGGCAGAUUCCUACCUCACCAGCAAAGUCGCUGGGAAGAUUGACAGGAAGAGCAGCCUUAAAGCGAGAGUAUAUCUUGCCAUUACUAUACGCACUCACUUAGCGCAAUACGCUGGCUUGGAGCAGCGUAC